AUGAGUUCUGUAGUGUUUGGCACACAAAGGUUGAACAUUCCACAACAUUCAGCAGCCCAUUACUACAGCAGUGAAUUUGUUGUUUUACAGGUUCAGUCACAGCUCUAUCAUGUUCCAAUCGACCUUCUUGCAAGACAGUCUCAUGUGUUUGCAAAUCUAUUUUCAUUGCCUCGCACUGGUGUCCAUCAAAAUGAGGGCUAUUCAGAUGAAGCCCCAAUUGUACUGCACGGACAUUCUAGUGCUGACUUUGAUUGUCUUCUCGAUCACAUUUUUGGAAGUAUUCUGAUCAGCGCUACAGCCAAUAUAUUAGAGUCCGUGUAUGCAAAGGAUCCAGAGCCCUAUCACACGUCUGCCCUCUCCGGCGAAGCCUGGGUUAUGGAGCUAUUGUCUGGUCAUCCAGAACGAAUUCGGUGCGAACUUGGUGUGCAUGCACACGUCUUUGCAGAGCUCAUCUCUGAGAUUCGUGCCCUUGGACACACUGCCUCCAAGUUUGUAUCGCUAGAAGAGCAGCUUGUGAUUUUCCUGUAA